UUCGCGCAUGCGCAUCUGGUAGAUGGUUUCCGGCUUCAUCCCCGCACAGUCCCGAGCAGCUGAAAGCAGCCGUAUUUACCGCAGUCUGUCGCCGUUUUCCCCCCCGCGGUUGCUCUGACACGAGGAGCCCGAUGUCAGUGGCGAACGCAAAACACACGGUGCUGAGUCCGGUAAGACGUCACAAACGCUCGCGCUGCUCCUCUGCUGGCACCGUGAUCCCGUACACUGGACCCAUACCCGGAGGCCUGCACCCCGGGGAGAUCAUCAUCAUCCAGGGCUCCGUACCCCCAGAUGCAGACAGCUUUCAGGUGGAUUUGUCGAGCGGCUGCAGCACCAAACCGCGCUCGGACGUGGCUCUCCGCUUCAGUCCUCGGUUCGGGCCCUCGCCCUGUGUGGUGUGCAACUCCCUGCAGGAGGACGCCUGGGGAGAUGAGGAAACGCUGCACCAGCUGCCCUUCAAAUGCGGCGCCCCGUUUGAGGCCAUCCUCCUGGUGCUAGAAGAUGUUUUCAAAGUGGCAGUCAACGGUGUUCACCUGCUGGAGUACAAGCACAGAAUCCCCAUUAACCGAGUCAAUACUUUUUCCAUAUCUGGGAAAGUCAGGGUCCAUGCCGUUGGCUACAUCCCAAACUCUGCAAUAUACUCCGAGUCAGGUGAUCUGAGCCUCCCUUACAAAGGUCGCAUCCUUAAAGGAUUGAGCCCGGGACAGCAUAUCACAAUAAAAGGGCAGGUCAGCACGUAUCCUCACAGUUUUACAGUGAACCUCUGCAACAGCAAGACGGAGAACAUCGCUCUGCAUCUGAACCCGCGCAUGAAGUCCGGCGUCUUCAUCAGGAACUCCUACCUGUCUGCGUCCUGGGGGCAGGAGGAGCGGGAGCUGCCCUUUUUUCCCUUCUCGCCCGGGGAAUACUUUGAGAUCCUUCUCCUCUGUCAGCCGCAUCAGUUCAAGCUCGCCGUCAACGGCUCCCACUUGUUCGAGUUCCGGCAUCGGGUGCAGGACCUGAGCAGCAUCGACCAGCUGGAGAUCAUGGGGGACAUGGAGCUCACCGAUGUCAAACUCUGGUGAUGUUUGGACAGCCAAUCUGCUGCUCUGGUCAGCGGUGCUACACUAGCUUAGCGGCGAUGGAACGUCCGUGUGGACUUGAGGACUGUGUUUCAGCUCUGGUUUGAGCUAGUCUAGCAUCGUCACCAGCCAGAGGUCCUGCGUGGAUGGAUGGAUGGAUGGAUGAAGGAUCCUUCUGGUGCACAGCAGCCUCCAUGACUGUUUACAGCUACAAGUUAGGUGUUCAAUACUGUCCUUAGAUCAUCUUUACUGUAAAACAUCAAAAUGUUAAAACACAGAUUUAGCUUCUACUUCUAGUGUUACAAAGUCAGUAAAGUAAAAAAAAAAAAAAAGGUUUCAAUCUUCUGCAGAAAAGUCCAGAACAAAAUCAGAAGCUAAGCAUUUAUUUUAAACCAAUUUGCAACAUUUUUGCUUUAUUUUACAUGCAAAUAUCUUUUAGUUCUUAUAUUUCAUCCUAUUCAGUAAUCAUUGUAGCCAUUUCCUUAUAACUCAAAGAUAAUAGAUCUUAAAGAUCAAUGAGAAGUAGGGCUUGGCGAAAAAAACAAUUCACACUAAAUUAGAUUUUCCUCUUUUUUUCUUCCUCCCUUUACUUUCUUAGAAUGAUAAUAUCUAGAACAUCUCCUUUAGGGGCCGUUUGCAGACAGACUCGUGCCCUCCAGUUCUCCCGCCAUCUUUUCCAGGUGCAGCAAGGCAACUUCACAGAAAUAUUCCCGGCUUGGAAGCACAAGCCGAGGUUUCCCAGUAGACAAAUAAAGUCGGGCUUUUCCCACCGGAUAAAAAUGCACCAAUAUGUCUUUGGCAGUGUUCCGUAUCUGCCAUUGCUUCUGCUAGUUUCUGUUUUAAAAUCUGCACGUCAUGACAGAAGCCCAAGAGAGCAGGAUGCUGGGGAAAAAAAGAGAUUUUCCCAAUGAUAAAAAUGGAUUUAUCACCCAAACCUAGCAAGAAUUCUGUAGAAUACAAUGGAUUCCUGUGUGAGACUGUCAGCUAGGAGAAUUGACCUUUGAAUGUCUGGACUAUAUCUACAUUUUACUGCAUUAAAGACUUAUUUUAAGCUUUUUCUGGAAUAAAAGUGACAUAAAAUCC